UAUUUUUGACAUUAUUCCCACAAUAAAAGCUAAUUGCGAUCUACUUGGGUUUAUAGGGCAAUUACUCCGUGUUUUAUACUCAAACUCACGCUUCUUUGCGAAGCCGUUGUCCUCUCAGAUCAACCAUCCUCCAUCCUCCGUCGCCGGUUUGGAACAUCAAUGAUCCCACGCUGCCGCAGGUGUAAAAUCGGCGAAUACACAAUCGUCGAAAAUGGCUAGGAAAAUCGCCAAGAUGUGGAUACGAAGUGAGUUGCUGCUGGGAAUGCCGAAGGCGAGGUCCCGCCGAUCCUACAGCUCGGAUUCGAAGGCGGUGGAAUUGAAAGCGCUGAAACCAUUCAUCAUGAAGAAGGUUCAGAAUUGGGCAAAGGAUUACCGUUUCUAUGAGACUGCCCCUGUGGCUCAGGAAGUCCUCAAGUCACGAGCUUUACUCUACCGUGGUGUCUCCACCCUCCUCCACCAUUUGCCUGUCUGGGCGUGCAAAUACUGUCCAGAAGUGUACAUUGGAGAGAGAGGUCAUUUAAUCCGAACUUGUGGUGGUUACAGGCAUCUUGCAAAGAUUGUGGCUCAUAAGUGGAUCAAAGCGCGGUUGAAUGACAUUCUGGUUCCUGUAGAAGCAGUUCACUAUGCCCAAGAAAGAUCAGAUCAUGACCAUAUCCCAGCAGUAGUAGAACUCUGCUUACGAGCAGGAGCUACCCUCCCUAGUGAAUAUCUAAACAGUACAGAACCAGGAAACAGGUUUGAAACUGCAUAUCCACUGGACAAAGAAAUGGAGUCUGUAGCAAAAGAAACACUAAGCGCUUAUGAAUCAGUCAGGAAUGGCGUGGAGAAGCUGAUUCUGGUUUUCCCUGCAAAGCUAUGCAAACUCUGUUCGGAGGUUCACGUGGUGCCCUUAGGUGGAGUCAAUGAGAGUCAACAUGAGGCUCAUGUCUGGCAGAAGGCAGGAGUGGACGAUUUUGUCCCUCCAAAGAUAGUAUGGUUUCGAAGACCUCAAGAUCCACGGGUUCUUGUGGAUGAAGGUCGGGAUUAUUAUGGGCAUGCUCCGGCCGUUAUAGAUAUGUGUGUCAAGGCAGGCGCUGCUGCACCUUACAAGUAUAUUUCGAUGAUGAAGGACAAUGGGUUAUCAGCACCUCUCUAGUACUCUGCAUGUAUUUUCAUGCAAGUAUGGAACUAUUAAUUACUUGUAUUAAGCUCUAAAAAUGAAUAAAAUAUGUGUUCUUAAGUGUUAAUGCACGUUAUGUUGUGUGGUUGCUGAAACCCUCUGAAGCUUCAUACUUGGAAUCGUGUAAUAAUAUACCCAUGCAAAAAAAAAGUAUGAAACUUUUUAGGGAGAAGUCAACUAUGCUUCCAUAAGAGAGGAGAUAGGAGUAGGAUGAAUGAAUUUUGAUUGGAGGUAGUUCAGACUAUUAAAGAUACCUAUUGGGAAUAUAACAUUCUGCGCGUUAAGUAUAGAUCAUACUUCA